AUGAAUCCCCAGAGCAAUCCUUCUCUGUCGUUUACCCCAGGUCCUUUCCGGUCCGUCGAAGGAAUGCAGAUCAAUGGAAUUCCCAACUCGUGGAGCACACCGUCCGACAACUUGGGCGCCAUAUGGAAAGAUCUACCCUCCCUACACUCAACCGGCGCUCCGAUCGCCAGCACUGUCUUCCCAGGGUUUCUUAGGAGCUCCAUAUUUGACUCUACAUUCUCAAGCUCCUACCUUUCAGGAUUCGUUUCCUACUUAGAGCCAGCGGACGGAGGAAAAGAAGACAAGAAGAAAACGGAAUAUGUCUGGCUCUGUUGCGGCUGCAAGCGUACUUGGAAUAGCUACCGCUACCAAUCGCACUGCAGUGAUCCCAACUGCGGCCAUCAACGCUCCACCUGCUGUACCAUUGAGGCCCUUCCCAAUAGGAAGUAG